AUGUUUCCAAAGAAAGCGGCCAAUGAUUUGAACAAAAAUGACUUCCUACAUAAUUUGGACGAAGCUCGCGAAGCUCGUCGUCGUGAAAAACAAAUUCAACAGUCAGUCGUUAUUAUUCAAAAGGUUGUACGAGGUUAUCUCGUGAGAAAAAAAUAUCGAGAUUAUCGAAAAAAUGAACUCAAUCAAAUUUUUCUGGGUUUUACCGAACAAAAUCCACAAAGCUAUCCGCCGUCACAACCAGUUUCAACAAUGUUCACACACCUACAACAUUUUCUUCCAUAUUAUAAUCGAAUGAAAGUUAAGAAUAAUUCAACCGAUCUCCAACAAAUGCUGUUAGGAGUACUCAACUACCUCUCAACAAGUCUACUUACUGAUGAUAUGAAUUACAAUCACAUAGCGACUCUUUUUAAUAAAGAAAUGAAUGGACAAUGGAUGAAAUUCAAUCAAGAUUUAUUAGUAAUUGCCUUGAAAAUACUUGAAACCACUGAAUUGAUAACGACUGUUGACAUUAAAUUGUUCAUGACUUCAUUGAAUUUUAUCUAUUUGAUGACCGAUUGUCAAAGUUGGAGAGCUUUACAGAAAAACAUGAACGAACUUCUUCUUAAAACAAUACUUGCGAUUGAACGUAGUUAUCUAAUUCACCUUGGUCAACAUAAUCUUCUGAAAAUUCUCAAAAUUGCAAUGAUUCGCUGUAUGCAACGUCGCUUGGAGUCAUCGAUCUUUUCUAACAUUGCCACUUUGUCUUUCAAAUUGCUGCUAAAUAAUGACUUGAAUCGAACGCAUGUUGUUUUAUUAUCUCAAACGAUCCUUACUAUUCCAACAUUCAUCACCAUGUGUCAUGAAACUUCGCAUAAAACAUUUCAAAUGGUUUGCCAGAAGGAUUUAUUCAAUCAUCUUAUUUGUAUAUAUAGUGUCAAAGAAUCUCUUGUCAAUACGCAUGAUUCUAUCGAUAUAAUCGAAUUAUGCUACAUAUUAGGAAAUCUGGUUGCUCUUGCCAGUAUCGAUCCAAGUCAAAUUGAGACCAUGAAACAACCAUUUGUUCAGAGUCUUUUCAAUAUAUUGGAUCUAUGCCGACAACGACAAAGCACAGGCGAACAGAAUAAUACACAAUCGAAAUCAACAAGUGUUUGGCAUCUAAUCAUCGGUCAUGUUCGAGGCAAAACAAGUGGAAUGACUGUUUCAAAUCAAGAAGUUGUUCAACGUGUCAUCGUCCAGUAUAAAUAUCUUUGGUCAAAAUCCUUUGUCAACAUGCUGUUUGAAUCGAUUCCGACGGCGUCCUCAACUAGUCAAUCAUCAGUAAUCAAGAAAGAAACGAAUAUCAUUCGAGCGAAAUUUGAAAAGUUAUUUCAUACAAAGACGACAGUGGAGAAGUUAAUUACAGAUGAUUUAACUCAAUCGAUUUGUCGUAUAACGACAUUUUAUCAGAAAUUAAUUCAAACAUUAACUGAAUUAAGACUACAAAUACUCUGUGCUUUGUCAUUACAAGACAGUCUAAUCAGUAGUUUAUGGCAGUUUUUGAACAAUAUCGGUCCGACAUGUGGCUUGAAAGAAUUAACAAAAAUUUACGAAAUUAAUAAAGAUGAACAUCAACCAAUCUUCGAUCUUCUUCAAUUAUUUUGUAAUUUAUGCUCAUAUUUAGCGACAAUUUUAGACGAAGAAGAAAUGUACAAAGAACAGAAGUAUAUGGAACUUGAAUCUUGGUCACAAUUAUGUUUAUUUCUGAAUCAAUUUGUAUACCGAAUGAUUCGCGUUGAGUUUGUACGAACCACAGCGACAUCACCGAAACUGAAACUAGAAAAUAGUCAGUUGUAUAAAACAUUACAUCAACUUUUAAUACUCCUUCAUGAAAGAAAUUCAAGAAAAUCGUUCGUACCUGAUUCGCAUUGGUUAAUUCGUGACGUAAAAUCCUCAUCGUCCUUUAUGGCUGAUCUCGAACAUACGGAAUCAUGCGCAUUUUAUCUUCUCGAACAAAUUCCACAUAUCUUAACAUUCAAAGAUCGUGUGAAAAUUCUUCAAAUGUUCAUUGAACGUGAUAAGGAAAAAGAAUCUAAUGAAUACUCCACGUCUCGAUAUCAUAUGAAGAACUAUUAUGAGAUUCAUCGUACAAAUCUUUUCGGUGAUGCUUUUCGUUCGUUGCAAAAUGCUUCGUCAACAACUUGGAAAAAUACGAUUCGAAUUAGUUUUAUCAAUCCUCAAGGUCUUGCGGAAGCUGGUAUUGAUCAAAAUGGAAUAUUUAAAGAAUUUAUUCAAGAAGUUAUACGACAAGCAUUCGAUCCUUCCUUUAAUCUCUUUCGAGUAACAGAGAAUCGUACUCUAUAUCCAUCGCCCAUAUCUGAUCGCACAGAAAAUUAUUUAUAUCUUUUCAAUUUUAUCGGUAAAAUCUUAGGCAAAGCCGUCUAUGAACAAAUUGUUCUUGACAUUGAAUUAACUCAAUUCUUUUUACGCCAUUUAAUUUCACGAAAAAAUCUAAACUAUUCAUGUUUUGAUGAUUUAAUGUUUCUCGAUCGAGAUCUGUACAAUAAUCUGAAUUUUAUCAAGCAUUAUGAUGGUGAUGUGUCAUCGUUAGCGUUAACUUAUUCUAUCGAUGAAGAUGUUCUCGGCGAAUUAGUAACUUAUGAUAUCAUUCCGUGUGGACGGCAUAUCAAUGUGACAAAUGACGACAAAAUCGUUUAUAUUCAUCGUAUGUCUAUUUAUCGAACAUAUACGCGUAUCAAGAAUCAAAUCAAAGCAUUUACUGAAGGCUUUAAAACUUUAAUGAAACCGGAAUGGAUUAACAUGUUUUCCGUUCCGGAAUUGCAACAAUUGAUAUCAGGAGAAUCAUCCGAUAUUGAUUUAGAAGAUUUAAAAUCGAAUAUUGUUUACCAGGGUGGUUAUCAUCGAACGCAUCCAGUUAUAAAAUGGCUUUGGCAAAUACUCGAACAAGAUUUCUCUCGAGAAGAACGAGCACUUUUUCUUCGUUUUGUGACAAGUUCGAGUCGUGCACCAUUACUUGGCUUUCGUUCACUGAAUCCUCCAUUUACUAUUCGUUGUUUGGAAAGUUCUGAACAUGAAGAAGAAGGUGACACACUAGGAAGAAUAUUUCGUAAUAUGAUAAGUAUUAACCGCACGUCAUCCGAACGGCUUCCGUCAAGCUCAACGUGUUUCAAUUUGUUAAAAUUACCCAGCUAUAAAACUCGACGAAUUCUUUUGGAUAAAUUACGUUAUGCCAUUCAAGCCAAUGCCGGGUUUGAACUUUCUUAA